AUGGAGAGGUACAAGCUUCGCCAAGUGAUUGGAGAGGGAGCAUCGAGCACGGUGUAUAGUGGGGUAUCUGCUCGAGGAGAGGAAGUGGCUGUGAAGGUGGUGCCUCGGAAGGGAAGGUCAACUGGAAUGGUAUACAGAGAGAUUGAGAUGUUAAGUACAAUCAAGCACGAAAACAUUGUUGGGAUUGUUGGCCGGUUUGAGUCUAAGAAGCAUGUGUACAUGGUUGAGGAGCUGUGCGACUUCAAUCUUGUUUCAUUCCUCAACGAGUACGAGGUUGAUGAGGAUGUGGCCUUGAAGAUAUUGAGGAUGAUAUUGUGCGGGCUGCGGCAUAUACACUCUCUGGGAAUCAUACACAGAGACCUGAAGCUGGGGAACAUACUUCUGAAGGGGAAUACGGUGAAGAUUUGUGACUUUGGACUCUCGUGCUAUGUGGAGGAGAAUAACAGCGAGUUCUGCGGGACAAUGGACUAUCUUGCGCCUGAAGUGGUUGAUGGAAAGAAGUACUCCUUUGGGGUUGACAUGUGGUCUGCGGGGGUUGUCUUCUAUGUGCUCCUUACGAAGAAGAAGUUUUGCGAGUCUUUAGAUUCGUUGGAGUGUUCUGAAGAGCUCCGGGAUCUUCUUGAGAAACUACUUGAGAGAGACGAGAGUAAAAGGGCCGAUGCGAGUGAGGCCCUGAUGCACAGAAGCUUCAGCAGGUUUAUUCCAAGAUGUGAAGACUUCAGAGGUCUUCCAGGUUUCGAGAGGGGUACGAAGUAUGGAGUGCUUCGGAAGGCCGGAGAUAGUGUUGAGCUUGGGAGUAUCCGGAUAGAUGCUAGGAGAGGGAAAAGACAUGGCGGGGGGAGGAAACAUGGAGAUCUAGGAUGCCUAUGCGGAGAAGAGUUUACGUACUCUGUGUAUGUUGACUCCGAAGAAAUUGAGCCUGCAUUUAUUACAAACGGGCAGCUGAAGACCCUGGGGUUGCUUACAGCACAUGUGAAGGCGAUGAGGGAGAAAACGCCGAAGAUAAUAAUAGACGACGACGGGAAUAAGUUCUAUUAUAUGUUUUCAGGUGGAUUUGUGUAUGUUGGAAAAGAGCUUACCUUGAGAGCGAGGGGCGGGAAGUAUGAGAUGAGUAGGAGAUCUGGAGAAAAGACGUAUCUUGAGGCUGUUCCUGAUUUCCUGUAUGAAGCCAUCGGUGGAUUAGAGGCCAGAUGCAAGGCGAUUGACAAGGAAGUAUGCUGGUUUUCAAGGGAAUCGCCUGUGCUGAUUGACUGUUCUUCACACCAGCAAUUUUCUAUGUCGUGCAUAUCCCAAGUGAGUGAGAUGAGCAUCAGGAACAGGGUGGAGUACGAUUAUAUUGAGAGUACUGGGUGGUGCAUCAGAGACGGACUCAACUUUUUAUUUCUGAUGAACGAUGGAGAAAUGUUUGAGGUUCUGUGUCCAGAUCUGGCCGUUAGGUACAGGGGAAGACUGCUUUUUAUUGAUGACAGGCUUCCGAUGAAGCUCAAGCGCAGUUUGAAAGGUAUUUCUCCCUUUCUUCGGAGUCUCUGUGAUGGGUGUUACAUGAGUUGA